ACCCAUAUCCUUUUGUCCACUACUCAAUCUUCUACUUUCUUCUUUUGGAAUUCUUUAGGUUUAUCUGGCAAUGUUGCCAUUAUCAGUAACCAAAACAGUUGAAACUCUUUUCAAACUUCUCUUUAUAUGUUUCCCUUUUAUUAUAUCAUACAACAAUGGUUCAUGAAGUUUUGAAUCUUCCAUAGCUUUUCAUGGGUAGAAUUCUCAGCGAAAACCGCCAAGAAAAUGGCCUCUGGGUCGAGUUACCGGUUCCAUCUAAGAUCACAAUCAGUCCCAUUCUUCUCUGGGUGAUUGUAUCAAUGGCAGCCAUCUUCUUCAUAUCCGGGAUCAUCCAUGUUUUAUUUAAAAUCUACAAACAAGGUCAUGCUUACCCAUCAAUCUCGCAGUCCAUUCGAUAUACUGAAUUCUCGCAUCCCCAAUCUCUUGGAAGACAACUUCAACAGCUAUUUCGGUUACAAGAUUCUGGUUUGGAUCCGUCUUUCAUCGAGAGGUUACCAGUUUUCGAAUACAAACACAUUAUGGGGACAAAGUACCCUUUUGAUUGCGCUGUAUGUUUGUGUGAGUUUGCACCUCAUGACAAGCUUAGAUUGAUUCCAGUUUGCAGCCAUGCUUUUCACACUCAUUGCAUAGACACAUGGCUUCUUUCAAACUCCACAUGCCCUCUUUGCAGGGUCAAUCUUAGCAGCGAAAGCGCGCUAACUGAUCCUCAUGCGCCAUUGGAAAACUGCGUUAAUGUAUCGACGAAUAGCAUUGAGAGGGUGUUUUCAGUGAGGCUAGGAAAGCUUAAGAGCUUGAAAGAAAAUGAAAAAUCUAUAGGAGGGGAGAUUAGUAGAUGCAACUUGGAUGCAAGAAGAUGCUUUUCAAUGGGUUCAUUUAGAUAUGUGGUUGAUAAUGUAGAUAUGCAAGUAACUUUGUUAGAUGUUAAAGAUAAUAAUGUAGAUUGUGGAAAAGGUGAAGAUAAUAUGGAUUUAAGGAAGCUUAAAUAUGAGAGUCUUUCUGUUUCUAAGGUUUGGUUAUGGUCUAAGAAAGGAAAAUUUCCAGUGUCUUCAUCAGAGACUACUGAGGUUAGAGAUGUUUCAUCUUCUCAAAACAUUAUACUUUCUAGUAAUUGAUGGUGUUUUCCAAUAUUAUAAGUAGUUUUAGUUUUAAAUAUUAAUCACCCAUGUGUGUUAUGUAGCUAUAUAUCAUAUAAACCUCUCUGUCUUUUUUCCUUUAUUUUUUGUUUUUGUUUUUUGUGAUUACCAGUUUGUACCUUAAGAAAUUAUGUAUUACAACCCCAUAUAGUUAAAGGUA